UAGAAAACCACAGAAGAAGACAGGCGAUACGCCGAUGAAAACAAGACACAUAAAUUAGCCGUAUAUAUUUUUCAUUGCAGAAAGUUGUUUUGAUUAAUGGAAUAGUUUAAAUAUGUUAAUCUAAACUUUAUAUUUAAUUACGUUAGAUAAGCUCGCGUGCUCUCGUAACAUCUCACACUAAAUAUUAGCUAGCCUCUAGCUCUUGGCUAACUAGCUAGAUUAGCUUCUGCUCGGUUUUUGACGUUUUUGUGGAUUCCUUGUCGUUUUGCGGUGGCGCUUUGUUGAAAAAUUAGUAUCUUAAAAAGCUAAAACAUGUCAGAAGAUUAUGAAUUCAGCGAAGACCCGAACAUGAUGAGAAUGGAGGAGGAUGGAGAGGCUAACAGUGAUGAUCCGAUGUCAGCGGCUGGGGACGGUGGCCUGAUGGGGGGUGAGGCCGAGGGCUCCAGGAUUGACGCCAGUAAAAAUGAGGAGGAUGAGGGCAAAAUGUUUGUUGGGGGGCUCAGCUGGGAUACGACUAAGAAGGACCUGAAGGAUUACUUUUCAAAGUUCGGGGAGGUUGUAGACUGCACGUUAAAACUGGACCCCAUGACUGGGCGUUCAAGGGGAUUCGGUUUUGUUCUCUUCAAAGAACCUGAAAGUGUUGAUAAGGUUGCCUCGCAGAAGGAACAUAAACUCAACGGGAAGGUGAUCGACCCCAAAAAAGCCAAGGCCAUGAAGAGCAAGGAGCCUGUGAAGAAGAUCUUUGUUGGCGGUCUGUCUCCAGACACCCCUGAGGAGAAAGUCAGAGAGUAUUUUGGUGCCUUUGGAGAGGUGGAGUCGAUUGAACUCCCCAUGGAAAACAAGACGAACAAGCGGAGAGGGUUCUGCUUCAUCACGUUCACAGAGGAAGAGCCGGUGAAGUUAAUCAUGGAGAAAAAGUACCACAAUAUUGGACUAAGCAAGUGUGAAAUAAAGGUGGCCGUGUCGAAGGAGCAGUACCAGCAGCAGCAGUACUGGGGAGGUAGAGGGGGCUACUCGUCCAGGUCUCGAGGAAGAGGAGGUGGCCCCAAUCAGAACUGGAACCAGGGUUACGGCAACUACUGGAAUCAAGGUUAUGGGAAUUAUGGGAAUUAUGGUUACGGUAAUCAAGGAUACGGAGGAUAUGGUGGCUACGAUUACUCUGGUUACAACAACUACUAUGGAUAUGGUGACUACAACAAUCAAUCUGGUGGAUACGGAAAGUCUCCACGACGUGGUGGUCACACCAACAGCUACAAGCCGUAUUAAAGGGAAAAACUCGUCUUCAAGCAGGUGUGUAGUGACUAAAAUAAACCUCUUACGUUAAACUUAAAGUAGUCAUAUUAACUUUGGUGUUUUUAAUAUUUUUUGCAUAAUUUCCUCAUGUAAAUUUCUUUUUCUCAGCACCCUCAAGUGCUUUACAGUAGUGGUAACAUAGACGCUACGCUGUUGUGGCGAUUAUUUUUAACAGCCGGCCUUCUGCUGCCUCUUUUGCACCUUCUCUUUUUUAACUGUAAAGUUAACAGGUAAAGUACUGCUACUACAGUAAAUGGAUGCCAAAGUUAAGGAUGUGCAAGGAAACAGAAAAGGAAGUAUGUUGUCUCCUAACUCUGACAUACCUUGUUUGUACCUGCCAGCGGAGCUUCCUUGCAGGCCAUGAGCUGACUCCCAGAUACUCUCAGGGCCCGCUCAAUGCGGACCGGGUACGAGAAGCAUACGCUCUCGAAUGCUGCCAUUUGGUAUGGUCUUACAACAUCCUGUAUCAGCAUUUCUAAUCUAAACAAUAUGGGACACGUCCAGCUGUCUCUUCUUUCUUUCCAUUUUAAUUUAUGUGCAACUGUUUUGUAAUGUAAAACUUAAAAUAUACACAUGUAAUUGUCAUUUUUUACAGGCCCUUACUCCCCCACAAGUAAUGAUUAUAAAUAUGAAAAAAUAACUAUUUGCUUUUCAAAGGAUACAAACAGCUUUCUCUGGACUUUCCAGUUCCUAAUGUUAAUAUAUGCAUUCCUAAUCUUUAUCUCAAAUGCUUGUUUCUUUAUUUAGCCAGUAGUCCAUGAGCUUAAACCUGCUUCGUAUUUGGACUCUACUGUGUUGGGGGAUAAAGUGCUUUAUUUGUGUAAUUGUACUCUUCUGUUUUGUUACUGACAGCGAUGGAAAACACUCCUCUUUUUCCUCUUACAACCUUUGCUUAAACAAGAAGAAUCAAAGUGUUGCUACAUUUCCAGAAUUUUGCAUGUUAAUGCUUCUUUUAAUGUGUAUUUUUAAAAGGUUUCUUCCAUUUUUUUGUAGUAAUUUUCGCUUUAACUUCACCUCAGGAUCUCUAGUUUAACUUUCAGACUUUUUAAAGAUGUAAAAUGUUAAAAUAAUUUGUUUUUUCUUAUUGUUUUUAAUUAUCGGACAUUAAAAACACGGGGAUUCCUAUUUUUUUCUUUCUGUGAUUGGACGGUUUGUGGUUCGUCUGCAGCUGAUUUGCUUUGUUUUGUUUCCUGCAGGCGUCAGUGAUGAACGUCUGCUGUGCGCUGGCGGAGAACUGGCCAGAGAGAUGAUCCGACAAAGUUCACAUAGCUAGUUAUAAUAAACUUAACCAAGACUGCUAUGACCUCCAGUUAGUUUCCUCUAUAUUUACUGCAGCAUUUCCAUUUAUUUAGAUUGCUUCACACUUUGACCCUCCUUUUUUGUGUUUAAUGUUCUCUGAUGCUAAUUGUGAGUUGCUUCAUUUAUUCCUUGAUUGAUUUGAACAAACCACUCAUUUCCAGUUCUGUGGCAGCAAAUAAAGAAUUUCCCUCUUUAUCAGUCAUAUGAUACAUGUUAUUACAGCGACUGACAGACAAACAUACAUUAUAUAUACACGCUGUGUUGGACAUUUAAAAAGCAUCAAAUAAAAACAACGACCACUCA